UGACUCUGCUGGGCAUUCAUUAUAAAUGUUAUAAAAUCUUUUGGUAUAAGAUUUUGGUAGUCAGAUGUAUUCCGAUUUUUGCGACUAACUCAAGUGUAGACAAGAAAGAAGUAGUUUUUUCUUUUCAGGCAACUGUGAAUUUUAAUAAUGGCUGUUAAGUUGAUAGCUUCAAUCAUUUUUGUCACUGCUGUGGUUGACGUUCUAUCGAUACCAUUGGCAUCACAUCAUCAUCAUUAUAAGGAGAAAGUCAGCAUCAAAGCCAAAUACAAGGGUUACUAUCCAGUUAUUGUCGAACAGCCUGUUAUAGGAUAUGGAGGUGGUCAUUUGAGUUAUAGUGAUGGAUAUGACCAAUGGGGAGGAGGUCAUGGUCAUUUGGGAGGAGGACAUGGCCAUUUGGGUGGAGGACAUGGUCAUUUAGGAGCAGGCUAUGGCCAUGUUGGAGGUUCUGUAGCUACAGCUUCUGCCUCAGCCGUUGCAACUAUAGGAGGAGGAGCAGUAUCAGCAUCAUCAAGUAGUGCAAGUAGUUAUGGAUAUGGAAAAUAAAGAUAAGAAAAACUGAUGAGGUAUUAUAUCGAAACAUAUAUAUGUCUAUUUGUGAAAACAAUAAAUUAUUAUAUGGUUUAUAAA